UGAACAUUAAACCGUGCUUAUACGUCAUGGGUCUUUACGGUCAAUUCGAGUAUUAAAAAUCCAUUAAAUGAACGUAAUAGUAUCCUGUGAAUGACCAAACUUGUGAGUUUCAUUCACGAGGAAAUGUUUCCAUUCAUAAGAGUAGUGGUUCAGUGACGUAUGCUUCCUGAAGGUGUGAAAUGCGUAAACAUGCCGUAAACAUGUGUAGAUGUCUUGUAUAUAAAAGAAGACAAUACAGUAUGCAUGCAUUAUUGAGUAAGAAUAACAACAACUACACUGAACCUUCUAAUCUUUCGGAUUAGCUAUUUCUAAAUACAAAGAACCAUGCAGUUUCUUAUCCCAUUUCUCCUUUUCCUACAAAUAGUCAGCGCAAUGAUACUUCCAAUUGGUCGCCCUGUUCGGGUCAGAGGCGAUAUAACAAUGAGACCCAGGUUUCGACGAUUUCCAAUCAGAUACAUCCCGCUAGUCGGCAGAAUUUUCAGGAGCAGACGAUUUAGACCAAACACACAUAUCCACGUGCCAUUCAAUGGAAGACAAUUCGAACACUCUCAUGUCUCCAGUGAUGUUGGUCAUUCACACAACACAGGAUUCCCUUCAGGGAUCUACCCCGAAAACGGAGUCGGGUGGAACGUGCCAGAUGAAUGGAGGGAUGCUAACACGUGGUCAAUGUUUGACAAGGUCAACCCAGAUUCUGUUCUUGUAUUGAAUGAUAAGCUUCCGGACAACACACCAGACUCUGUGAGCCCCGGCGUCCCACUGUUUCCGGAUAACAUCGUUCCAUCUAAUGUUGAGGUCCCAAUGGUUACAUCGGAAUUUCUACCAACUUCAGAUAAACGAGAAGAACCCGUGGUAACAAGACCAUUAACUCCCAUAGCAACAGAUAAAACUGAUGUUUCCUCAGUACCAGAAGUGAAUGGGGGUAACAUUGAUUCGACUGGCACGAUCAGAAAUCAAGAAAACUUGGGAAAUAAUACCAGCACCAUUGGAAGUGACACAAACCUGGUCCCAGAUUCUAAUACAAUAACUGUAACGAACGGACAAGAGAGUACGAAGACCAGUGAACCAUCCUGUCAUAAAACAGGUUGCAUGACGGGACACGAAUGUGUUUUUUCUGGUUCCCACAUUUGUCCCAUAUACAUACCGGAAGUCGACUGCAAGUGCAGAGCAGGUUGCAGAGUCGACUAUACAUUUAUACCAUAUGGCACAACUGUUACCAUGGAUACCUGUGGAAACACGUGCUCUUGUUUUAAUAUGUAUGGAGCUCCAACUUGUUCUAAUAAAUCAUGCAAAGCUCCAAAUAACUCGGAGAAAUUAUUACCAUCUGAUCAAAUUCCAACAACGGAAGUAUCCGACAUUUUACCAGCCGACAUUUCAACAUCACAGAAUCCGUUACCGACUGCGUUCACCUCUGACGUCACCACGACAUCUAAGCUGAAAAUCAACAAAAGAAAGGACAGCGUCCAAAUGAAUUUUCCCGUGAUUCCGAUCGUCAAAGAUUCGCAGAAAAUUUAAAAUAGUGCUUUUGUUUUAAAGAGAUUAUUUUCAUAAAUGAUUUGAGAAAUCCUUCUAUUUAAAUUAUAUGAUGUGCUUUCAAAUGAAAUCCAUUGUAACAAAUAAAUUUUG